GGAUACAGCUCAUUGUUUCAGCAUCAGUUGUUGAGAUAAGACGUGAUUUUCGCUGAGCGAAGAUUUUCUGAAAUAAUUGAUAGCAUACAGUCGAUACAGUUACAGAAAUGAACAGUCAGAGCUAUAAGAGGAAGAGAAUGGAUGUUCAGUAUCCCAACCCGGAAGUUGCCUCGAGUAUUUACAAGAGGCUGGGAGUGGACAUCUUGACCACACCCACCACUUCCGGGGGAAUUGAGGAGGUUGAGCCACCAAGAAAGCGUUAUAUUCAAGCUGUCAGUCAAGCAGUAUUUCAUAACAUAGGGUCCACUCGUACAGCUGGCAGAGUGGUGACAAAUGGAGUGGCAAAACCUCUGUUGAGCAAUGAACAAAUACAACAAUUCAUAACUUCAACAGUUCUUCCUAAUGGUCGCUCAGUCACCAGCACUGAGGCAGUCAACCCUGAUCCUUCUCAACCAGGGACAAGGAUAGAUCAACAGACUGAUUGCACAAAUGUGCAUCCACAACUGACCUUGAAUGUACUGAGAUCAGGACAGACCCUACCAUGGAUGUCCAUCCAGCAGCAAUCUCAGGAGACUGUACUGCAAAAGCAAACCGAAUACAACGAUCAGUCUACUGUACAACAGCUGGUCUUAAACAGCCAGGGAAAUAUCCAUCCCUCAGCUCAGAAUGCUUUUGCUGUCCACAUUCUAAAUCCAACUUUGACAAAGGCAGGGCCACAACAGCCAAUCUCUGCAAAUGAACUUAUUUUACCUACAAAUGUUGAGGUUCAAGGCUAUACUCCAACCAUUGUGCCACAUGAAUGGGUUAAGAGAACAGAACUACAAGUUCCUACCAACAUCAUCAGUGUUCCAUCAGUUGCUGGAGUGUAUGAUCAGACCAUUUAUCUGCCAACCCAAACAAUCUAUGGGGACGGUAAUUACUCACCUGUAGAGACACCCACUUGUAAUGUGGCAACAACUGGACUAUCAGCUGGCUAUUCCCAGAGGUGUUCUGCUGCUCAGCUUGAAUCAUGGAGUUUGAGCCCACAGAGUGUACCCACAUGUGUGGCACCAAUGGAGGCACAAACAAAGACCAAAACAAAAAAGUCAAGGAAAAAGACUCCUACAGAUGUCUCUCAAAAACAAUAUGCAAAUGCAGAUAAGAGCAAACAAGCUUCUAACAGCUCAAUGGCUAAAGGUAGUAGAAAUCUGGCUAAAAUGGAUGGAAGACCCAUGCAGCAGACCACUGGGAAACAAAUGGAAGCAACACUGCACCAGACUCAGAGUAAGAAUUCUGCCCCAACUUCUGUAACUCAGAAAGGUGGCAAGAAGAGAGUCAAACGCAUUGUUGUUCCACCCAAAGUUCAAACAGACCCAGUGGAAUACCCUCCCUAUGUUGCCAGAAUUAUGAGGAUCCUCAACAGACAAAAACAGGGUCACGGGGAAUCUACUGAUGAUAACAAGGAAAGUGUUGAUUCCACACCUAGACAAAUAACCACUGCUGGUAAAAAUGAUAAGGAUAGAGCUAAUUCUACUCCUAAACAAGCUACUACUGCUGAGGAAAAAGCAAUGGACACUGUGAACUCAAAUCCUAAACAAAAGGAACCACAAAGUGUUGUAUCAUUGAGAACUCCUGUGACAUUAAAGCAGCCUGCAAUGGAACAAAAGCAUAAGUCCUUGUCUGGGAGUACUGUCCAGAAGGUCAUUGAGAAAUGUAGCCAACUGAACUCUGGGUCCAAAGAAGAGCCAAUUUCUAUCAGAAAGACACUUCCAGAGGACUACAGACCAGUGGUUAACACAACCCUGUUACUAGAUGACUUGUCACCUGACAGUUUUACUCUGUUGGAAGCAGACAAUUUCUAUGGACCAGAGAUUCUUGUCACUUCUGGCUCUCACUGCUUUGUGGUGUCUGUGCCUUUCUUCUAAAUUCAGACUUCUGAAUAUUUGUGGAAUGUUUGGACAUUCAAUUUGGAACAUUCUUUUAGUGGACUACUGCCGCAGUCUUUCAUUGACAUUUCUGUGAUACUUAUUUUGAAAGUCUUUCGAUUUUUUUUUUAAUAUACUUUUUGAGCCCAGUUGAUUUCAGGCAUAUGACCUCUAUAUGGGAUCAACAUGUUAAGAGCACAUGCAUUGGCCAUUAUAGUAUGUGUAUUGUAAUUCAGGAGCUUUAAAAUGCCUUUUUUAAUAAUGAUUGUGCCAAAUGAUUUAUUAUUUCUUGAAUUUAAAA